CGGUGCCGGUGUGUCCCUCACGGCGGCGGCAGGAGCCGCACGGGCGGUGCCGCUGCGGGGACCCGCCCGCCCCCGCGCUGAGGUGCCGCUGUGUCCGCGGCGGCGGCAGGAGCCGCACGGGCGGUGCUGCUGCGGGGACCCGCCCGCGCCGCUCCGCCCGCGCCCCCCGGGCACAGCCCGCCGACCUUGAGGGCUGUGCCGCGCUGCCCCCCCGCCCCGGGGCGCUAUGAGCCAUGAAGCCGCCCGGCAGCAACUCCCUGCGGCAGCCUGGCUGCGGCGGCCGCCGCCGCCCCGCGCUCCUGCCGCUCCUCGGCCGCCUCGUCUCGCUGCUCCUGCUCCUCCAUGGCUCCUGUGUCCCCCGGGCCCGCGCGGCUGCAGCCGCCGGCCUGCACUGGAAUGAAACAGCAAGCGGUAUAGAGGAAGUACUGCCAGAUGAAGAGAGUACAUUUCAACAGAGUAACAGCAGUAACAGUAAAAAUAACAGCUACAGCAAUGCAAUCCAGAAAGAAAUCACACUGCCUUCAAGACUAAUCUAUUACAUCAACAGAGACUCUGAGACCCCUUACCAUAUCCUGGAUACCAGGGCAAGGCACCAGCAGAAACAUGACAAGGCUGUACAUCUGGCCCAGGCGAGUUUCCAGAUUGAGGCCUUUGGCUCUAAAUUCAUCCUUGACCUCACACUGAAUAAUGAUUUGUUAUCUUCCAAUUAUGUGGAGAUCCACUAUGAAGAUGGAAAACCAAAAUUUUCAAAGGGAGGAGAGCAUUGUUACUACCAUGGAAAUAUCAGAGGUGUGAAGGAUUCCAAAGUUGCUCUUUCAACUUGUAAUGGACUUCAUGGCAUGUUUGAAGACAGUACUUAUUUGUACUUGAUAGAACCAAUGGAUCUGACCCACACUGCAGAAAGUAAAAGUAGGCCACAUAUCAUCCAAAGAACUUAUGGAACACAAACCUCCAAGCAGUUGCGGGACCUUGAGACUGACUCUAGUUCUGAAUGGCCUUUUCUGUCUGAGCUGCAGUGGCUGAGAAGAAGGAGAAGAAAGAGAGCAUUAUCUCGUGGUGUCUUUGAAGAAAUGAAAUAUCUGGAACUCAUGAUAGUAAAUGACCAUAAAAUGUUCAAAAGGCACCGUUCUUCAACUGCAUACACAAACAAUUUUGCAAAGUCUGUGGUAAACCUUGUAGAUGCUAUAUACAAGGAGCAGCUGAACACCAGGGUGGUGCUGGUGGCUGUGGAGACGUGGACAGACCGGGACCGCAUUAACAUUCACCCCGACCCCCUGCAGAUGCUGCACGACUUCUCCAAGUACCGGCAGCACUACGUCAAGCAGCACGCCGACGCUGUGCACCUGCUCUCGAAUGUGACAUUUCAUUACAAAAGGAGCAGCUUAAGUUACUUUGGAGGUGUUUGCUCUGUGGCCAGAGGAGUAGGAGUGAAUGAGUAUGGCCUCCCUUUGCCCAUGGCACAGGAACUAGCCCAGAGUCUUGCUCAGAAUCUUGGAAUACAAUGGGAGCCAGCUGCCAGGAAACCGAAGUGUGACUGCACUGAAUCCUGGGGUGGUUGCAUCAUGGAGGAAACAGGGGUAUACCAUUCCAGGAAAUUCUCCAAAUGCAGCAUUGCAGAAUACAAAGAAUUUUUACUUCGUGGGGGCGGUGCCUGUCUUUUUAACAGGCCAACAAAGCUCUUCGAAGCCACCGAGUGUGGAAAUGGAUUUGUAGAAGCAGGAGAAGAAUGUGAUUGUGGUUUCCGAAUGGAAUGCUAUGCAGACUGUUGUAAGAAGUGUUCUCUUUCUAAUGGAGCUCACUGUAGUGAUGGACCCUGCUGUAAUACAUCGUGUCUUUUUUUCCCACGAGGUUAUGACUGUCGGUACGCAGUGAACGAGUGUGACAUUGCAGAGUUCUGCACUGGGGAUUCUGGACAGUGUCCACCAAAUCUUCAUAAACAAGAUGGGUAUGCCUGUGAUUCUAAUCAGGGUCGUUGCUAUAAUGGUGAAUGCAAGACAAGAGAUAAUCAGUGCAAAUAUAUCUGGGGAUCUAAGUCUUCAGGAUCUGACAAGUUUUGUUAUGAAAAGCUAAAUACAGAAGGCACAACAAAAGGAAACUGUGGAAAGGAUGGAGACCGAUGGAUUCAGUGCAGCAAACAUGAUGUUUUCUGUGGCUUUUUGCUCUGUACUAAUCUUACUAGAGUUCCACGAGUUGGUCAAGUUCAAGGAGAAAUUAUCCCAAAUUCUUUUUAUCAUCAAGGACGCAUAGUGGACUGCAGUGGUGCUCAUGUUCUUUUAGACGAUGAUACGGAUUUAGGUUAUGUGGAGGAUGGAGCUCCAUGUGGACCUCAGAUGAUGUGUCUGGACAAAAAGUGCCUGCCAAUCCAGUCCUUGAACAUAAGCAGCUGUCCCAUUGGUUCCAAUGGAAAAGUCUGUUCUGGUCAUGGGGUUUGUAGUAAUGAAGCCACUUGCAUUUGUAAUUUCUCCUGGGCUGGGACAGACUGCAGCAUUGAUGAUCCUGUCAGGGAUACUGGUGGCAAGAAGGAUGAAGGACCCAAGGGUCCUAGUGCCACCAAUCUUAUAAUAGGCUCCAUCGCUGGUGCCAUCCUGGUAGCAGCAAUUGUCCUUGGGGGGACAGGAUGGGGCUUUAAGUUAUCAGAUGUUCAUAUGAACAUACGGUACUGUGGUGUCAAGUCCAUAUCAAACAAAUGUCAAAAAACGAAGGUUCGAUCCAACCCAGCAAGGCCCUAUCUGAAGAAAUGCCAUUCCAAAAGCUGCUUCUUGCACUACUGGAUUUUGGGUAUGAUGUCCUUGCUGCAGCUACACAAGAACUAAAUCAGUACAGAAGAACAUGAGAACAGUAACUAUAAACACAAAGUUGGGAUGUUGAGAUAAGUUGGAAAUACUUUCUCUAUUCACCUUUCUCUUGUUAACAUUAACUGACAAGUGGUACAAGCAAACUGCUUCAAAAAAUCAGGUGUUUUUUUUCCUUUUCUCAAAUUAAGAAGGAGACACACAGACCAAGUGCAAUAAGAGAACUGUUCCAAAAUAAUGGAGUUGCAAAAGAUUCUUUCCCAGCCUGCUGGCACUCUAACUUCACUUGAGUUCGCAUGACUUCCUUUUUCUUAUCAAACUCCAGUGGCAUGAGGAGCUGAUUUUGAAAGGGUAACCUGCAUGGCUCACAUACAAACAACCAAGUUAGCAAGCUGACCCCAAGCAGAAUCUGCAGCCCAAUAAAUACAAAGCACUGGGAAGCCAGUGCCAGGCUUCAACAGCUUUUCCAGCCACGCAGUGCAUUCUGCAGCUGGACUUGAGGGUUCCCUGCUCCAUGGGCUCACUGUCCACCUUGGACAGGAGCCUCUUGGGUAUGGAAGCUAGAGAAUGAUGGGUGGAAUUCUUCCAAGAAGGAAAAAGUGUAAAUAUGGAAAUAAGAUUUUGAUGUAUCAUUUUCACAGAUUAUAUAUAAAUAUAUAUAUACGAGAGAAAAGAAUUUCCAUAUAAAAAGGUUCUAUUCUUUAUGUAAAUCUAUUUUUGAUGUUGGGUUUGGUUUUGGGUUUUUUUCUUCCCCUUUUUUUUCUGUAGCAUGUUGUACAGCAGAUGUUCUGGGCUUGCUCAAAAAAGGCAGAUAACAGCAUGCAGAUGCAGGGAGUUCUGACACCAAACAGAUGUGAUCUAAAGUUUGUAUGCUUGAAACCAAAAACAAUUAAAAUGUAUAAAUGCAUAUCUAUGUAUUGA